UUCAGACCAUGUUAAAGACUAAGUUGAAUGUCCUAACUCUUCGAAAAGAGCCUCUCCCGACAGUGAUCUUCCAUGAACCAGAAGCCAUUGAGCUGUGCACCACAACUCCCCUCAUGAAGACCCGGACUCACACUGGAUGCAAGGUUACAUAUUUGGGUAAGGUUUCCACUACAGGGAUGCAAUUUUUGUCAGGCUGCACAGAGAAACCAGUUAUUGAAUUAUGGAAGAAGCACACACUCGCCAGGGAGGAUGUUUACCCAGCGAAUGCCCUUCUGGAAAUUCGCCCUUUCCAAGUCUGGCUGCAUCAUCUGGACCUCAAAGGUGAGGCCACAGUCCACAUGGAUACCUUUCAGGUAGCACGUAUAGCCUACUGCACUGCUGAUCACAACGUGAGCCCAAACAUCUUUGCUUGGGUCUAUCGGGAGAUCAAUGAUGACUUGUCCUACCAGAUGGACUGCCAUGCUGUAGAGUGUGAGAGCAAGCUGGAGGCCAAGAAGCUGGCCCAUGCCAUGAUGGAGGCCUUUAAGAAGACUUUUCACAGCAUGAAAAGCGAUGGCCGAAUCCACAGGAACAGCUCAUCAGAGGAAGUGUCUCAUGAAUU